CCACUACUUCACGGCCACGCUUUGAACAGCUGCAGGUGGCCAAAGGAUGAAUGGAAAUUCGUGGGGUUUGAACCUCGCUACCCACUGAGAGCCCUGUUGACAUGGAGGCAGUGGACCGUUUUUUUUCCGCCUAAAGACAUAAAAAGACAAACGUGACUUUUUGACAAGUUUUUUUUAUUUUUUAUUUUUAUGACGGGCAGUGAGCAUGCCGCGCGCGUAACUUGCUCCGCUUUCAACUUUUUUUUUUUAAAUUGAAUAUUACAGCAUCGUUUGAAGAAUGGCGCUGGCGAGAUUCAGCAAAAUACUCCGUCUGCCCACUCUUGAUAUCAAAAAGAAAGUCAAACAGUACGAGCACGUCCAUCGGGACAUCAAUCCCAACGACCAGUGGGAGAUUGUGGGCGAGCUGGGCGAUGGGGCGUUUGGAAAGGUCUACAAGGCCUGCAAUAAGGAGACGGGCGUGCUUGCUGCUGCCAAAGUGAUCCAGACCAAAUGCGAGGAAGAGCUCGAAGACUACAUGGUUGAGAUUGAAAUCCUGGCCAAAUGCGACCACCGCUACAUUGUCAAGCUGCUGGACGCCUACUACUACAAUAAUCAUCUCUGGAUCAUGAUUGAGUUCUGCCCAGGAGGAGCUGUGGAUGCCACAAUGCUUGAGUUGGACCGAGGACUGACUGAGCCCCAGAUAAAGGUGGUCUGCCGGCAGAUGCUGGAGGCUCUAGCCUAUCUCCACAGCAUUAAGAUCAUCCACAGAGACCUGAAGGCCGGCAACAUCCUCCUCAUGCUGGAUGGGGACAUCAAACUAGCUGAUUUUGGUGUCUCCGCUAAAAACACCAAAACCCUCCAAAGAAGAGAUACUUUCAUCGGCACACCAUAUUGGAUGGCCCCAGAAGUGGUCAUGUGUGAAACCAUGAAGGACGCUCCGUAUGACUACAAGGCCGACAUCUGGUCCCUCGGGAUUACACUGAUCGAACUUGCCCAGAUUGAACCUCCGCACCAUGACCUCAACCCCAUGAGGGUGCUGCUGAAGAUUGCAAAGUCAGAUCCUCCCACCUUGGAACAACCAAGCAAAUGGUCACAAGAGUUAAAAAAUUUCCUGAGGAAAGCUUUGGAUAAGAACCCAGAGACCCGUCCCACUGCAGUACAGCUCCUGGGGCACCCCUUCGUGAGCUCAGUUACGACGAACCGCCCGCUGAGGGAGCUGGUAGCUGAGGCCAAGGCUGAAGUCAUGGAGGAAAUCGAUGACAAUGGAGAGGAAGGAGAGGACGACGACGCCAUAGAGCUCACUGUGACCAGUCAGACCAGUUUGGAAGGAGACCAGUCUUCGCAACCUUCCAGCCCCACGACAUCCUCACCAACGUCACCGCAAUCUUUACCGGAGAAAGGGGCAGAGCCAGUAUCGGCAACAGAGCAGCGGCCGGACGCUGUCAUGCCGAUCCCUAUUCCAUUACCACGGCACAAUCUCCCCUCAAAUGACCAGGGGUAUUUCGGAGAGAAGCUGGAGUCGGAGAAAUAUGAGAGCGUCGUGUCGAUCAAGACUUCGAGCUCAGACUCUGGCAUCGAGGAUGGGAAGAGUACUCCCACAUCUGAGGAAGAGAAGGUGGCUGUGGUGGCGGAACUGCUGCCGUCUCUCCCCCAAUCUGAUACAUCCGAGGAAAGUGUUGACUGUAUCGAGUUGCCACAGGUGCCCAGGAACCAGGUGUCUCCAGACCAGAGCACACAAAUACUGAAUGAACAAGCUACUACCAGCCCAACGCAGACUCCAGGAUUAAUUUCAGCUGCUCCUUCGCUGGCACCUAGUUCCGGACCGAGCAGCAUCCUUAACAAGAUGAACACUGAUCGAGCAUCAAUGGAAUCCACUCCUGAGACUGUCUCUCCUUACAUCAACGGUCGGGUCAAUAGCACGCGCUACUCAUACUCGGGCAGUAUGGAGACGGAGAGCAUGAAGAGCCUGUCUCUGAAUAAGGAGAGCUUCUCAAUAUCUGCAAGGGAUUACUCGCGGAAGACUUUAAAGCGAACCAGGAAGUUUGUGGUUGACGGUGUAGAGGUGAGCGUGACAACCGCGAAGAUAAUCAGGGACGAUGAGAAGAAAGAUGAGGAGAUGCGAUUCCUCAGGCGCCAGGAGCUCCGUGAGCUGCGUUUGCUCCAGAAGGAGGAGCAGCGAGCACUGGCUCAGCUACAAGCCAAACUGGAAACGCAGAGGGAACAAAUGCAAAAACGCUUUGAGCAGGAAAUUAAUGCCAAGAAGAAGUACUAUGAUGGGGAAAUGGAGAACCUGGAGAAGCAUCAGAAGCAGACCAUUGAGCGGAUGGAGACGGACCACCUAAGUAAACUCAAAGAAGAGGCCAAACGCAUCAAAGCAGAGCAACACCGUGACUACCAGAAGUUCCAGGAUUAUCUCAAACACAAGAAAAAAGAAGUAGGUACCCAGUUAAAACAAUCUGUCGACAAACUGCCAAGAAAUGAGCGCAAAGAACAUUUGAAACAACGAAUGAUUUCCUUCCAAGAAUCAAAGCAAGAAGAGGAGCAACAAUUCCUGGCAGCCCAGAAGGGCCACCUGGACACCACCCUCAACCAAAUCAUCUUCAACAACAAGAAAGAGAUUGCCGAUACAGAGCGGGAUUGUCUCAGCAAGAAGCAGCAGCUCAUUCGAGAUCGUGAAUCUUCGAUGUGGGAUUUAGAGGAGAGGAACCUCUAUGAGAGACACCAGCAACUCAAGCAGCAGCUCAAAGAUCAAUAUUUCCUCCAGAGGCAUCUACUCUUCAAAAAACACGGCAAGGAGCAGGAACACAUGCAGCGCUAUAAUCAGCGUAUGACCGAGCUCCAAAAAGCUCGGCAGCAACGGGAGAAGAACCGCCUGCCCAAGAUCCAGCGCAACGACGCCAAAACGCGCUUGGCCAUGUUCAAGAAGAGCCUUCGCAUCAACUCGACAGGCAGCAGCUCAGAGGACAGGGAGAGGGUCAAGCAGUUUUCCCAGCAGGAGGAGAGGCGUCAAAAGAACGAGAAGCUGCUCCAACAGCAGAAGCACGAGAACCAGAUGAGGGAGACGGUCGGCGAGUGCGAGGGAAAUAUCCGAGAACUGCAGCAGCUGCAGAAUGAGAAGUGCCACAUGCUGGUUGAGAAUGAGACGCAGAGGCUCAAACAUCUGGAUGAGCAGCACAACCAGCUGGUGAAGGACUGGCGGGAGCAGCUGAAACCGAGGAAGAUGGCACUCGAGGAGGAUCUGAACAACAGGAGGAAGGAGCAGGACGCUUUCUUCAAGAUCACCGACAUUGACGACUUUCCGAGUCCGGUGGGAUCUGUCGGCAAAUUCUCCAAGUUGGUGCCCUAUCAGGACUCCUCCACUAUAUAAGGGCCUGCUGCUGCUGUGGCACACACACAAAGACACACUUUUUCAAAACUGUCUCCAACUCACCUACCUGCAGGGCACUGCGUUGUUGCUUCUGCUUUUUGUUUGCUCAGUCAGUCACAACGGAAUCCCUCCCUCCUCAUUGUUAUUCAUGUUAAUAAGUGCAUAUUUAUGUCUUAACCCACAUUGUCUGUUUUUUUUUUCUGUCAUACAUAAUCUUCACAUUGUUGGUUAACAACCAAAGGCCACAAGUGAAAAUAUAUUUUAUUAGGUUAAAGGGUGCCAUCAUUAUUAUUUUUUUAAUACCCAAAUAAGGAAUAUAUCUUGUAUACAUAUAUUUUUACGGGAUGUUUGAUGAAAGGCAGCCUCACUUUUUUCAAUGCAAAUUACAAAAUAUAUGGAAAUUAGUUACAGUCCUAUAUGCCUUACGUUUUGACCGAGAGCUGCCCUUUUUAAUUUAUUUUUGCUCAUAGUUUAAUCACAAUUCAUCACUGUACAUUUUAAUUUAAAUAUUAUGAAAUAUAUUUUAACCCUAAGCUGCGGUAUGUUUAUUAUUAUUAUUUGGAAUGGGGUAUCAGCUGAAACAAAAAUAGUAACUUCUUUUAAAUGAUUGUUUAUGGAUUCAUCUUAACAAAGGGGAGAAGUGAUUGUUUUACUGUAGAAAUCAGCCGCACUGGAUGGGAAGUGACAAAGCCAAAGCGAAAUACUGUUUGUUUUUGUUAGCUGACGGAUUUAAAAGAAAGUGUUGAGUGUUAAAUUGUUGCAGUAGUUAAACUGCAAUGUUACUUUGUCUUUUUCAGAGCUCAGAGGUAUAUAUAUUUUUUUGUUGGCCUUCCUUUGCACUGAGGGGGGGGAAUAACUGAGGAGUUUCGAAUUCCACUUGCGCCGUCAAAAACGCAGACGUUUAUAUAUGUUUGGUUUUCAAGGGAGUGCAACGAUUCUUUCUGCUGAAUGUUUUUUUUCCCAAACAAAUGUAUAUUGAAUCAACAUUUAGGUACAUUUUAAUUCAGCUCUCUUUAAUUUAAUGUAAAUUAUAUUUUGGGUCAAGGUUAAUGGGUCCUUCUAGGUCCCUCUGCCUCAGUUUGCAUAACGUGGAAUGUAUGGUAGCUUGUGCGUGUGAUUGUAUCAGAACGAACCACUGUUGUAAAUAUCUAAUAAAUGCAAAUUUUCUAAUUA